AUUUAAUUUCUCCGUAUAUAGAUCGUUAGUCAGAUUGCAACGUUUGCUCCGCAAAUACACACCCUCGAGGUCAGUGACCCUGUUUUGUCGUAUGGCUUGUGGAAUGAAACAGUUUUGAAUUCUGUCGUCUCCCUGCAGAAAUUAAAGAAGCUAUUACUAGCUUUCCAUGUUAUACCGUUGGAAGACGUGCUGAAGAUUGCCAAAUCCAUAGCCUCCCUGCGGAAAAUGACUGUCCAAUUCGUGAACCUAACACAGCCCCUCGAUCUGCCAGAAAUCAAACGCAGCCUUCGGAACCUCAGUGUGUUCGAGAUCAUUCCGUGUGGGCCCAGGUGGAUUAAAAUGCAACUUCUCCGAUACUGCAUUGAGAAUUUGCCGAAUUUGGAAAUUGUCGGAGGCGAUAUUACCAGGAUGGACCAAUACGACAUGCUGCACUCUGGCUGCGAUCUUAAAUUCUCACAAACGUCCAAACUGCGACACAUGUCCGUAAUUUUGAAUCACAGGGAAAUUCCUUUCACCGAUGGGGAUUUGCACCUUAAGUUCCCAAAUAUCACUCAUCUCAAGAUCAAAUGGAGUGAAUAUUGGACUCACGACGAGCGCGAAAUCAAUGCCAUGCUUCGUUUUUCGCAAGUUGAGUUCCUGAUUUUGGACAGUGUCCCGUCAGCGAAAGUUUUGAAACAGUUUCUGACCGCAUAUGGGAAAAAUUUGCUCACUCUGCAUCUGGAAAAUAACGUGGGGAUCCUGCAGACGUACGGAAGCAUUCUUCAUUCUUGUCUAAAACUGGAAAGACUUCAAUUGAGCCGAUUGGAACUUAACCGAAAUUUAGAGCUACUCCCAAUUAGCGCAGAAUUAAGAGUCUUGCAAGUGUACUUUCCAAAAACAAGCUGUGGAAAGCUGCUGUCAAGUAUUCUACCAUCAGCACCCAAAUUGGAAGAAGUUGACUUAUGGGGGGAAUUGAACGUCGAAGAUUUGGCAACAGCAUCGCGCCUGAUUGCAGAAAGGAAGAUUUUGCAGAACCUAAAGAGGUUGACCAUACGUUUUAACCUCGGCAACCACUACAGUUCAAAGGAAGACAAAAAUUCCUAUUGCGAAGCAGUGAACGAGUUGGUAAAAAAUUGCAUUGCAUUUCUACCAAAAUUAGAAGACGUCGGUUAUAAUGCGCCGUUUUGGGGUCAGGAAGAAGGCGAAGAGGUUCUGCAUAAAAUGCUUCGUCUCUUGGAUGAAAAUCGAAUUUUGUAA